AUGACACAUCAGGAAAACAAGCAUGCGUUUCCCAGCAGCAAUGUGCGGGAUGUGGCCGAAGGAGUGGAGCGCCUGGUGCGGGACACCAACCAGGAUCUGCGCAACUUUCGGCAGGAGCAGGCCCAUCUGCGCGUCCACGUCAACGGAGUGGUGGAGGAAAAUCGCCGACUAAACAGCGAGUUGGCUAAGUGCCGGAACACCCUGGCCAAUGGUGAUUACCAGGAUCUCAAGCAGCGCCUUCUGCUGACCAACAAUGCUUUGGACGCGGCCAAAAAGCAGGUGGAAGAGCUACUCAAGGAGCGGAAGAGCUUGCAGACCAUGCAGGACUUUUCCAAACGGACCAUCGAGAACAUGGAGCUGGAGCUAAGGAACUAUCGCGUCCAGAUGCAACAGUCUGGCGAUGAUCAGAUUAUCCAGCGGUACUCAAAGGCCAUAAAAAUGCUGGAGUCCAAGGUGAUUGCCCAGCAGGAGGAGCUGCGUACGCAAGCGGAGACCAUAAGGACGUUGCACGAGCACAAGCAGAGUUCGGGAGAGCAAGUGCAGCAAUUGCAAUCCCAAUUGAGGGAUCUGGACCAGGAUCAGGUCAAGGUGUCUAGCCUGCAGAAGCAGCUAAAGGAGUACGAGCUCUCGCUGAGCCACACCCACAACUUGCUAAUGGAGAGCACGAGGCGGGAAACUACGGCCAUGCGAAAGGUCGAGGAGGCCAUUACACUCAGCGAAGAGGCGACCAGGGAGAAAAUGGAGGCCAAAAAACUGGCCGAGGCCUACAAGGAGGAGGUCACUCAGCUGGCCACCAAUAUUGGCACCAUCAUGGAGGAGGCUUCCACACGCGUGGACACCGAAGUGGCCCAGCUGAAGAACAGGCUUAAGCAGAAGGACAAUUUUAUUGCCACCAUCAAGGAGAAGCUUAAAAAGCAGUCUGCCGAACACAAGUCGGUGGUCCAUCUGCUGGAGACGCGGAACAAUCGCCUGGAGCACAAAUACAAGGAGGUGCUGAAGCAGAACGAUAAGCUGGAAGCCGAGGUGGAGGUCACUUGCAGGCGACUCACCGAGCUGGAGCGAUCCCUCAACGAAGUGCACUGUGAAGAUGAUCAAGAUAGCAAGAUGAAACAGCACUACGAGUCUCAAAUGGAGCGCUACCUACUGGCCCACAAGCAGAUGAAGUCCAGCUACCGGGUAGCAAUGGACGACAUAACGCAGCGCUUCGAAUCUGUUAUUUACCAGCUGAGAAAGGAGAACUCCGAGCUGCUGGCGGACAACGAGUUGCUGAAGAGCGGUGCCGCCGGUGACGGUACCAGGCAGCCUUUGUAGACCUUAACGCUGAUUUUACAGUUGUACAAAGAUAUAUUUUAUGAUUACUAUUGAACAUAUUAAAUUACUUUUAUGAGAUCGCUA